UCUUUUCCAUUUGUAUUUUUGAAUCAAGACAAAAUGUAUUGCAUUUGUUGCAACUGGUGAAUUAAAAUGUGUCCACAUGAUCAAACUGAAAACUUUUGUCUUAUCUCUACAUAUUUCAGCUCCCUUUGCACCUGAUGUGGCAAAUUGUUGUGGAGAGCUCUCUAAGGUGAAGAUUCCUGUGGAGCGAGUGACUUCUUACUACAAGACCGACAGCAGCUGUCCCAGACGUGCUAUUGUGUUUAAGACAAUAGCAGGGAAAGAGUUCUGUGUUGAUCCAGAGACCCCCUGGGUGAAGACUCAUAUUGAUAAAGUGGACAAAAGAACAACAGUCUAAAAGAAGCAACACUCUUUCUAUUUUCUCUAAACUGUGCAUUUCAUAAUGUAAACCUUGCGCUAUUUCCAAAUUGUAUAUAAAAUAUUUUAUUGACAAAAUAAUUUAUGUGAUUGGGUUCAGUUUUUUAAUAAAAUAUCAAAUAUGA